AACACACCUCCCUCUGUCUGUGAUGGUAUCUCUCUGAGCAGAUGACGCACUGAGCUCAGUGUGUGAAGAUGGCUCCUUUUCCGGACGAGGUGGAUGUUUUCACUGGCCCACACUGGAGAAUGAAGCAGCUGGUGGGCCUAUAUUGUGAAAAGUUAUCCAAAACCAACUUCUCCAACAACAAUGAUUUCCGCUCCUUCCUUCAGUCCCUGUGUGCCACCUUUAAGGAGUUCAAGAUGCACGAGCAGAUCGAGAAUGAGUACAUCAUCGGCCUGUUGGAGCAGCGCUGCUGCACGGUGUACAAUGUGCACUCAGACAACAAACUGUCAGAGAUGUUGACCCUCUUUGAGAAAGGCUUGCAGAGUGUGAAGAGUGAGUAUGAGCAGCUUAACUAUGCCCAGCAGCUGAAGGAGAGACUGGAGGCUUUCACUCAAGACUUUCUGCCUCACAUGAAGGAAGAAGAAGAGGUGUUUCAGCCUAUGCUUAUGCAGUACUUCACCUACGAGGAGCUCAAGGACAUCAAGAAGCAGGUGAUAGCGCAACACUGCAGCCAGCAGCAGUGGGACUGUGCUGCUGAAGUGCUGAAGGGCUUCAGCUUGUGGAGCCAGGCUGAGGAGCUGCACAAAGCUUUCAAAUACGCCGAUCACGAGAAGACAGACUAUGAGCUGGAAAAGAACUGGAAUCCUUCCACUCAAAUCUCCCAGCUUCCCUCAGAAAUCAUGCUGAGGCUCUUCCGCUACCUCGGCCCUGAAGAUCUGUGUCGCUGUAGUCAGGUGUGCAGCUCGUGGUUAGAGCUGGCGAAGACCGGCUCUCUGUGGAAGCACCUGUACCCCGUGCACUGGGCCAGAGGUGAUUAUUAUAGUGGCCCCCCUGAGGAUCUGGAUCAGGAGCCGGAUGAGGAUUGGGUGACGAGUCGACAGAAAGAGGGUCGGGCUUAUCAGGAGUGGGAUGAAGAUGCUGAUGUUGAUGAGUCUGAUGUGUCGGGCAGUAAGAAAGGCUCCCAGGCAAUCAGCACGGCUCAGCGUGAGAAGAGGCUCCUCAAUGGGAUUAUUCAGAACCUGCUGCCAGCUGUGGGUCCGUCUGUCAAGUCCAUUGUUCUGGCGUACAGUUCGACGGUCUCUAGUAAAAUGGUGCGCCAGAUUCUCAGUUUCUGCCCCAAUAUCACUCACCUGGAUCUGACCCAGACUGAUGUCACAGACUCUGCAUUUGACAGCUGGUCCUCUCUGGGGGCGUGUCUUUCCCUGGAGCACCUGGAUUUGUCAGGAUGUGAGAAGCUAACCGACCACGCUCUGAAGAAGCUCUCUGUUGGACUGGGUGACAGCACAUUUUCAUCCUGCUCCGGCAAACGAUCGAAGCUUCUUAAAAGUUCUCCGAUACCCAUCACGCUCAUGGAGGAGAAAGGCCUGCAUCCAGUCGUGCGGAAGCGUCAGGCUCUCAUUUUCAAGCAGGGGACCGGCCGAUGGGGUGCCGCCUGCCCUCCCACACAGGUGUGGGUUCUUGACUCUUCAGACCUGGCUGAUAUUGAAGAUGCGGCAGACUGGAGCCGUCGCGGUGGGAUGACUGUUCCUGCAGCAGAGAGCUUUGUAGAGACACAGCUUGCGGGAGGUUCGUGCUGCUGCAGGAGGAGCAAAAGGCGCGGGCACAGGACUGGCUCAAACGCCUCUUAUUUGCAUCAGCAGUUUGCCAUGUCUGGGGAAAUGUUUUGUGGUCACUCCACCUGCUGCUCUAGUGACAUGGCCCUCAGGACUUUUACUGGGCCUCAGAGCGAGGCGGGCACAUUCAGAAGCAGCGCUGCAGAGUUUCGGACUAAAUGCUCCUCAGUGGGGGGUCUGCAGUGUGAGAAAAGGACUGACCAGUCAGAGGCAAGGCGCCCACUGAGGUUUCUCAGCCUCUCUGGAUGUUAUCAAGUCACAGAUUUGGGCUUAAGGGCUCUCUCGCAGCGUGGUGGACUUCCCGUCUUGGAGCAUCUGAACCUGUCGGGCUGCCUCUUCAUCACUGAGGUGGGGCUGCAGGAGCUGGUGUCAGCCUGUCCUUCCCUCAAUGAUGAGCACUUCUAUUACUGCGACAACAUCAACGGUCCUCACGCAGACACAGCGAGCGGAUGCCAGAACCUGCAGUGUGGCUUCAGGGCCUGCUGUCGCUCCGGAGAGUGAUCCUGCCGAGCAGCACUCUCCUAAAUUGUUUAGUCUCCUUUUUAUUGCACUUUAUCCUGGGAAUACCGGUUGCUGUAUUUUGUGUCACUUGGAAAUGUUUCUGGAUGAAACAGUAAACUUGCUCCUGUUAUUUCCGUCUCCAUCUCUAUAUAUUAAAAGGAAAUUAUCUUUAGAGGAAGUGGAGGGGUGAUGAUGGAUUUGAAGUGUCUGACAAGUUAUACAAUAAUUGUGUUGCUUUUUUGAAAAUUAAAGAAACAUUGAGAACAGGAAAGACAAAGUACUUGUGAGUUUUCUGUAGUUUCUUUUUGUCACUGAAGUGCACAGACGUACACAAACCCUCCUCCUCCUCCUCCUCUGCUGUUUUCAGUUGAUCCAUAACAAGCAUCAUGUGUAGGCUGAGUGUUAGCAGCCAUGUUAGCAUUCAGACCCACUAAAGACUUCUUGAAACAUGUGUUAUCUCUCCUUCAUGCUCACUGACACGCCCUCCUUUAACACACCGAGACAGCAGGACAGGACAGGACGGACAGACGUGGGAAUCCUCACAGUGUAGUUUAACCUUAUGUCAGACUUUGUGAUACCACACGCUCACAGUUACCCCUCCUUUUAAAUAUUCUUUAUGCACUCCGAUGUUGUGGAUUAAGAAAUGGACCAAUGCUCACAGAAGAAGGAUUUAGGGACUGGCUCAGAUUGGGAGAAGCCUACUGUGCAGAUUAUAUUUCAUCUCGGCUUGUUGAAACAUCUUGCAUGAGGAGCUUUAAUGGAAAUGUUCGAUUCAUAAAUGGAACAAUAAAAGUGUCUUGGGGUUAAACA